AUUUCUUCGGGCUCGUGAAACACAAAAAAUCGCACCCAUAAACGUUAUUGGUUGAAAACGCUCACACCCUCGACUACAAGGUCAAGGAGAAACUAUGUCUAAAAGGAAAUCCGAGGGGACACCUGUGAGUGCUUCAAAAGGUAAAAAGUCCAAAGAACUGGAGAAACCUAACUCCAGUACCAGCCCCUCGGUCUGUAAUGGCACUAACACAGAACAGAUUAAAGACCCAUUCUGUGAUCCAGACAAUCCAAAGAAAAUCCUGUUCCAGGAUGUCAGCGCAGCAGCAUAUAAAAUUAAAGAUGGCAUUCACCGGAGUCCAUGUAUUAGAUCUAGAAUGUCUGCCAUGUUGAAUAUGGACAUUUAUUUCAAGAAAGAAUUCCUGCAAUUCACAGGAAGCUUCAAAGAAAGAGGAGCAAGAUAUGCUCUGAUGCAGCUAUCAAAAGAGCAGAAGGAGAUAGGGGUGAUAGCAGCCAGUGCCGGUAACCACGCCCUUGCUCUGGCCUACCACGGUCAGUGUCUGGACAUCCCAGUGACCGUAGUCAUGCCCCUUAUAGCUCCGAUGAUGAAAGUCCAAGCUUGUGUCAGUUAUGGAGCCAAUGUCAUUAUCAAAGGCAAUGAUAUCUCAGAGUCAAAAGUACAUGCACAGACAAUGGGGAAAGAAAAAGGAUAUGUUUACAUAAAUGGUUACGACCACCCUCACAUCCUAGCUGGACAGGGAACUAUGGGAUUGGAGAUUGUAGAACAAGUACCUGAUGUGGAUGCUGUUGUUAUACCCGUGGGUGGGGGAGGGCUAAUUGCUGGAGCUGCCCUCGCCAUCAAGAACCUCAAACCAUCUGUACAGAUCAUUGGGGUUGAGGCAGAGAGAUGUGCCAGUUUUACAGAAGCAUUAAAAGCUAGAAAACCAGUACGGACUGCAAUGUCUUCCUCUAUUGCUGAUGGUUUAGCUGUACCAACAGUUGGAGUGAAUGCAUUUGAGACUGCCAAAGACUUGGUGAAUAAAAUGGUAACUGUAAAGGAGGAGAAUAUAGCUUUAGCAAUCCUGCGUCUGAUAGAACUUGAGAAAGCCAUUGUAGAAGGAGCAGGAGCAACAGGACUGGCCGCCAUAUUAGAGGGAUCACUUCCAGAACUCAAGGGCAAAAAGGUGGUUGUGGCACUUUGUGGUGGAAACAUUGAUACCACGGCCCUGGGUCGGGUGAUAGAGCGUGGUCUGGCUGCUGAUGGACGUCUCAUUAGAUUUGUGGUGACUGUGUCAGACAGACCGGGAGGGAUAGCUGAGCUUACCAAGCUGUUGGCAGACCUAGGAGUCAGUAUUAAAGAUAUAUUUCAUGAAAGAGCAUGGCUUAAAUCAGAUGUGUUUUCAGUACAGGUGAAGUGUGUUGUGGAGGCAAGAGACAAAGCCCACUCAGAAGAACUACAAUCAGCUCUCAGGAAGAAAUACACACAAGUGGCAUGGCUGCCCAUGUAUUUCUGAUAGUCCAUACCAGUUUUAAUUGCUGCGAAUGUCCUUUAGAAUCUUAGAUUAGAAUCUCCUAGUAUUCAUGACAAGUUAAAACAUCAGUAUAAAUACUACAGGUAUUUUUAUUUAGAUAAGAAUGAAAUUAUUUAUGUAUGGAUGAUUCAUUUUACAAA